CAUCCAUCUAUUCCAAUAACACCGCGCAUCAUACAAUCCCUGCAUAAGCCUUCAUUCUUCCUCCUUCACAGGCGAUUUGCUGCAGAAGCGGAAAACGCGACUGUCCUGAUCCCGACGCGUCGGUUGACUGGACCGAAGUUUGUGGCCACUCAUUUUCAUCCGUAUCAUCAAAAGAGAGAAAGCAGAGCUUUUGUUUUCGUGAAUGAAAGAGAAACAAUUUUGGCCACUGUCUCACCAAUUCACCUAUUCGGCAUCCUCAUACCCUUCACAUCUCACGUUAUGAUGCCUUACCAUGCGUGUCCUGUGCGUCGCUGAGAAGCCAAGUAUAGCGAAGAGUAUCACCGAGAUACUCUCCGGAGGACGGUGGGAUACUAGGAACGGAAGACACCAAUAUAUACGCAAUUACGAUUUCUUAUACAACCUUGCUCCGCCGCUUGGGAAUGGAAGAGGUGCCAAUUUUACCGUCACAGCAGUCUUGGGACAUUUGACUUCAAGUGAUUUUGAUGAUGAUCAUCGGAAAUGGGGGUCUUGUGAUCCGUUUGCGCUGUUCGAUGCACCAGUCAUCACUUUCGUCGACCAAAAAUUGAAAACAGUAGAAUCAAACCUCCAAAUUGAAGCCCGUAACGCCGACAUACUCAUGAUUUGGACUGAUUGUGAUAGAGAGGGAGAACAUAUCGGAUCUGAAGUCGUAGCGGCGUGUAAGAAAGUAAAUAGGAAUAUCCUUGUCAAAAGAGCGAGGUUUAGUGCCAUUAUCCCUGCGCAGAUCCACCAAGCAUGUAGACAGGCGAACGACUUGGAUAUGAGGCAGGCAGAUGCGGUGGCCACGAGGAUAAGCUUGGAUCUCAAGGUUGGAUCGGCGUUCACAAGGCUUACAACGAUGACUUUGCAAGUACGAGUGCCCGAUCUAGCAGAGCAACUCAUCAGUUACGGUCCAUGCCAAUUCCCAACUCUCGGCUUUGUCGUCGAACAAUACACCCGCGUCCAAGCCUUUGUUCCUGAAACGUUCUGGUACAUCUUCGUCGCCCUCGAGCGAGAGCAUGAAGAUGGUGAACCCAGCACUGUCGAGUUUAGGUGGAAGAGGAACCAUCUGUUCGAUUUAGAUCUGGCGGCGGUGUUGUACGAACAGUGUACAGUCAAUCCGCAGACGAGGGUUUUGAAGGUCGAAUCAAAGCCCGCGACCAAGUGGAAGCCAUUACCGUUGACGACAGUUGAGCUUCAACAAUCUGGUUCGAGGUUACUUCAUAUGACUCCUAAACGAAUUCUCGAUCUUGCCGAAAAACUCUAUCAAAAAGGUAUUGUUAGUUAUCCUCGUACCGAAACCGAUCAGUACGAUCCCAAAUUUGACUUCAACUCUCUCAUCCAAAAGCAAACGCUUGAUAACCAAUGGGGAGCUUACGCUCAAAAGCUACUAGACGGUGCCUUUCAGAAACCCCGAAAUGGCCGUAAAAACGAUAAAGCCCAUCCCCCUAUCCACCCUACCGCACACGCGGGCAACCUUGAAGGCGACGAACGCCGCGUAUUCGAACUCAUCACCCGUCGUUUUCUCGCUUCUUGCUCGACCAACGCCGAAGGCCAAAAUACCACUGUCGAAAUCUCCAUCGCCGAUGAGAUCUUCUCCACUACAGGGCUUGUCGUCCUGAGGAGGAAUUAUUUGGAGGUGUACCCGUAUGACAAGUGGGCGACGCAUGCGUUACCGAAUUUUGAGGAAGGGGAGGUUUUUAUACCGGAUGUAAUUGAUUUGAAGGAGGGAACGACGAGUCGACCAAGUUUGUUGACUGAGGCUGAUCUGGUUGGGUUGAUGGAUAAGAAUGGCAUCGGUACCGAUGCAACCAUCGCUGAGCAUAUUGCCAAAAUCAUUGAACGCGGGUAUGUUACAGAAAAACAAGAAGCUCGAAUAAAAUACCUCGUGCCAUCUACUCUGGGUAUCGGUCUGGUCGAAGGGUUCAAUGCUAUCGGUUUUGACCGUUCUUUGAGCAAACCACAUUUACGACGAGAGACUGAGCAUCGAAUGCAAUUGAUAUGUGAUGGUGUACGAGGGAAAAGAGAGAUUCUCCAGACUACGAUUGAAGAAUACAAGGAAGUUUUCGUCAAGGCCCGUCGAGAGUUCCAGACCGUUAUCGAUUGCGUGGAAAACUACCUUCACGGAGCUGGCGAAGCCCAAGAAGCUCUUCGAGCAGCAGCACGGGGUGGUCGAGGCGGACGAGGAACUAGAGGAGCGAGAGGUGCAAGAGGGGGGAGAGGAACUGGAGGAAGAGGCAGAGGUGGUGGAGGAGUUGUCGCUCCCAGAGGCGGUCGAGAUGAUGACAAUGACGACGACGACGAUGAUGAUGAUGACCAAGGUCCGCCGAGAGGUGGUGUAAGAGAGAGAGCGAGAGGUGCGGCGACGACGAGAGGGAGGGGAACAAGUACUGCCAGAGGACGAGCGGGAGCUGCUGGAGCUGGGACGGCUGCUGGUAGAAGGGCAGGAUCGCCUACUUUUGGCGCGGAUGAUGGCGGUGGCGAUACGAAAAUGUGCAACUGCGGUAGAGAAGCUGUCUCUCGCGUUGUUGCCAAGGCGGAUUCGGCGCAUAAGGGAAGAUCGUUUUGGACAUGUCCUCAGCCUCAAGGAGAACAAUGCGGCUUCUUCGAAUGGGGGACGGAUGGAGAUAUGGCACGCUCGGCUGGCCCUAGUAAAUCACGAACAGCCAGUGCUCAACCGCCGCCAUCCAAAAGACAAAAAACCACGAAUCGGAACGAUCCCCCUCCUUCGAAAGAUGGCGUACCUUCGUGUAAAUGUGGCCUUGAUGCGGCUUUCGCCACAGUAAUCAAAGAAGGUCCAAACAAAGGUCGACAGUUCUGGGCUUGUCCGAACAACCCGAAAGCCCGUUGUGGGUUCUUCCAAUGGGAAGAUGAUCCUAAUCUCGGCAGUGGUGGUUCUAAUGGAGGUGAUACUUACAACGGAGGAGGAGGAAGGAGUGGAACCUCAGGAGAGUGCUACAAAUGCGGAGAAGCGGGUCAUUGGGCAAAUGCAUGUCCGAACGACGGCGAUGGCAAAGGUGGCGGCUCAUCUUCAAGCAGGGCAAAGUCAAAUUCAAAGGCGCUUUCUAAAGGAAAAAGCGGUGACAGUGGAAGUGAUGUUUUUGGCGGUAUAAAUGUGGUGAACAAGGCCAUUGGGCCACUAAUUGUCCCAAUAAUACAAGCGGAGGGGGAGGUGGCUUUGGUGUUGGGGCCACCGGUGAUGGGAUUAGUGGACAUUGUUUCAAAUGCAACCAACCAGGCCAUUGGGCCAGCAACUGUCCGAAUGAUGAAAGUGGAGGAUCGUCAUAUCGGGGUUCGAGUAGCAGUAGAGGUCGGGGGCGAGGGAGAGGAAGAGGAAGAGGUAAACGAUAGCACGACUCUUAUGACUGUUGUACAACACCAUCCAUAAUAAUUACGCAUUUUAUGUAUGCAUACAGGGUUUCAAAAUUAC